AUGUCUGGGGAGGAGCGCGCAUCUCGACCGAAUUCGCUGGUCCUGGAAGCGCCGGCUCCCGAACGCGAGCCUUUACGGUUCGAUGUGCAGCUAGUUGGAGCCCCACCUGAAGUCGAGCAGCUUGUAAACAAUAUUAAACAAGUUGCUGAAGACUUUCUUUACCAUUGGAAAACUUUUCCAAUUGUGCUCCCCCAGUCCAGAUUCACGGGUCCUGGCAAUCGACCAUCGGAUAUUAUAAUCGCGCCGCCAUGCGACGAGCUGGACGCCGCGGCACUCGACGCGGGCGUCGAACCCCACCCCCUUUCACCAAAGCAGCUUCAUUCUAUAAGAGAAAAAGGCGAGUUCGAGGUGCCAUCACGACAUUUUCCUGGGCAAACGCAUGUGUGGCGGGUUGCGGGUUGGCUGCAGCGGGGUAGGAUACGGGCCCGUGAAGAACUCUACUGCCACAUAGCGAGAGCUAUCGCCCUCAUUGUCGUGGUGUCGCGCGAUAGACUCCUGCGAGAUGAACCACUUUCUCUUAUCGCUGGGGCUAAGGCGUUGAUGCAAGGGUUGCAUAGAUUAAUGGAUGUCAUAUUUGGAAUGCCAUCGCUCGAAGCACGCGAUCUAGAGAAAAAAAUACGAGAAGAGCGCUCACGGUAUCUUGUUGCUGAACUUAUAUGUAAGCCGGAAAAUCAAGAGGACAUAGCAGCGUUAGCCGCGUGGGUGACGCGCGCGAUGCGACGGGCGUCCACUGAGAAAAGGGACGCGAGGGACUCUUCUUCACGCGCCGCGCCCAGAGUGCCCUACUUGUAUACAACACCGCAAAGGACUCAGGUUGACCUCCGUCUGUACAAGCGUGACCUGCUGCGCCGCGCGGCCCCGGCGCUGCAGACCAUCCUGGACAGAGAGUCCAGGGGCUGGUUCCUACACUUCCGCGAGCGGAGAGCCGCCCUACUCGCCAGCCAGAAGAUGCCUAUGAAAGAUAUUGAAGAGGAGGUGAGCGCGGCGGCGAUGCGCGAGUACGUGUCGCGCGUGUGCGGCGCGGUGCUGGCGAGCGAGGCGCUGGCGGCGCUGGGCGCGGGCGUGCCCGACCUGCUGGCCGCGCAGCUGCGCGCCGCCGUCAUUGUCAACAGAGCGGAAGAAGGCAUCCGACGUAAGCUCGAAGCGGGCCUCGCGACUGCCGAAGCGCGCAUCAGGGCUUCCCAUCCAAUCCUCUCGCGGGCCGAAGCGUGGCGCAAGGAGAAGCUCGCCGUAGCGGCCCAGGGCCUGCGCAAUGAGCUCCGCUGGGCCGGCAUGGAGGACGCCGCGAACGCAAUGCAAGGGAACAAGCUGCCGCAACACAGAUACUUCUUGUUGAGGGAUCUGACGUUUCUGAGAGAUCGGGAGCCGUUGCUUAUGAAGGAGCUUCGCGCAGCAAAAACUCCGACCCGCGAGUUCGUAUGGGCGACCCGCAUAUGGCUGCCGCGGAACUGGGAGAUCGUGCGCCACUUCCGCGGGCGCUCCGAGCGCAUCCCCACCGUGGUGAGCGCGCGCGCCACCAGCAUCGUGACGCCGCGCUCCGACCCCUCGCAGCCCGUGUUCCUGGCGCACCUGGACACCACCAGGACCACCACCACCCGGUGGCCAGGGUGGAGGUUGCUCAAUUUAGCACACAGAACUUGGUGCUGGACGUGGAACCUGAUGUUCGUGCUGGGCGUGCUGCUGCCCUGGUGCUCGCCGCUGUCGCUGCGCACUCUGCUCUGUGUCAAACCGUUUGUGCCCGAUCUUGAACUUUCACAGGUAAAUGGAACUCUAUUUCCGAAGCGCAGCAGUGAAACGCAAACCAUGUGGUCCUUGUUGCUCAAACUGUGGCGAUACGUUUCUAAAGAGAGAACGCGGUUCGAAACCGAACCUGACACAGGCCUCCUCGGCAAAGGGCUCAGCAGGCAAGCGAACCGCGUGUGGAACUACGGCGUGGUGGGCGGGCUCGGGUCGCUGGCGCUGCUGCUGCUGUUCCCACUGGCGGCGCUGGCGGCGAGCUCGCUGGCGCUGCUGGCGGCCGCCAGCGUGCCGCUGUGGCUGCCCGGCGCCGUGCUCGCGCUGCACGCCGCCUUCGCGCUCGUCUACGACCUCGACUGUCCCGACCCGGGGAGGCUUAAUAGGUGGUUCGUGUUGUUUGAAGCAAUAAUAUGGCGAAUAGGAUUUCUUGGUAUAGUGCAGCCUAUUCUGGCAUUCCUAGUUGCUAUCUUUUUAUGUCCACUCGCAGCUCUUAUAUUACUUGUUGGCGGGGUGGGGUGGUGGGUGGCGCGCGGCGCGUGGGAGGCGGUGGCGUGGCGCGCGCUGAUCGUGCGCGCGGCGCGCGUGCCGGCGCACGACUCGCGCUACUGCCGCCGCGUGGCCGGCCCCGCGCUGCACACGCACGCCUCCUACCAGAUCACCGCGGCGCAGGCGCUGGCGGCGGUGUGCGCGCGCGGCGAGCUGGAGGCGCUGGCGGCGUGGGCGGCGGACACCGAGGCCGCCAUCGAGCGCCCGCUCAAGGACUACCAGCACUUCGUCGACGCGUGCUUCGGACCCUUCUCUGUGCAGAUCGCUAAGACGGGCGCGUACAAGCAGGUGGAGAAGGAGUGCGCGGAGCUGGUGUGGUCGGCGCGCGAGAAGCUGGCGGCGCGGCGCCGCGACCUGGCGCUGCCGCUGGCCGACGCGGCGCGCGCGCGCGUGCGCAUGCUGCCGCACGACCUGCGGAAAGCAGUGCACGCGUCGGCGGUGGAGCUGGCAGUGAUGUGGGGCGCGGCGGCGCGCGCGGACGAGUGGUGGGCGGCGCGCGGCCUCGAGCCCGCCGACUGGCACGCGCUCGCCGCCAACACGCUCGUCGACGUGUUCGACGCGGAGAUCCUGGUAGCGCUGGAGGAGGGCGAGGCGCGCGUGGCGCUGGAGGCGGGCGCGGGCGCGGCGCGCUGGCGGGAGCUGGCCGCGCGCCACCCCGCGCCGCCCGACGUGCUCGCCGAGCGCGACGACUGGCGCCCCGCGCCCGGCGUGUGGGGCGAGUGGAGCGGCACGCCGGCGCCGCGCGUGCCGCCGCCCGCGCUGGACGCGGCCGCCUUCAGCCCGCGCCACGCGCACCUGCCGCCGCUGCCCGCGCCGCCCGCCGUCGCGCUCGUGCUGCACAACCGUGAAUCCGAUAACCCUGUGCCGUUAGACAGCGACCUUUGUAUGGAGAUUUUAAGGUCUCUCGAAGACGCGCCCGACUGUGAUGAUAGAAGAGAAGGUGUGGAGCGCUACCGCGGCGGCGGCAGCGAGGCCACCAGCGACACCAGCGGCUCCGAUACGCCCGACGACGACGCGCUCUGCAGGAUCUCCCCGCGCACGGAGCGCGCGGCGUGCCGCUGGACGCUGACGGGGCGCGGCGUGCGCCUGCGCGCCGACCUCGCCAGCCCCGAGGACGUCUCGCUCGACGCGGACCGCCACUGCGGCACCUCCGUU